AUGGCUCAUGAAUCACAAGAGGUGGAUGACAAAUUGUGGCCUCCCCACAUUGAACAAAUUUUCAUUGAGAUUAUGUUGGAUGAACAGCUCAAAGGGAAUAUGGAAAAUGGUGUGUUUAAGACCCCUGUUUGGGAAUCUAUUACCAAGCAGCUUAAUACCCAAACUGGGAAGAAUUUCCUAACUAAGAAGGUGAUUCAAAAGCAUAAUAGGUUAAAGCAAAAACAACAAAAGUGGGGGCAAUUGUUGAAUCAUACGAGGUUAGGGUGGGAUGAGUUAACACAAACUAUUACCGGUUAUGAAGAAGUGUGGGUAAAUGUGGUUGCGGGAGAUCCAAAAGCAUCAUUGUUACAAAAGAACGGCUGCCCCCACUAUGACAAACUAAGGCAACUAUUUGCCCCUACCACUGCAACUAGGGCCUUUCAAAUCUCUUCUAACACCCCAACCCAAGAUAGUGAUGAAGAGCAUGCCCUAGAGGAGGCACAUGCCAACGAUGGACAUUGUACCCAAGUGGUUCAUGAUGACUGCUACAGUCCAAACCUAGACGGAAUACCAAGGGAUGAGAGCCCUUUUAAUGACCAAACCCAACGUCCUAAUAAGCAUCCCGUUCAAGAUUCCAGUGCCAAGGGGAAGAAGGUUGCCAAGAAAGCAGAUAGGGUGAGUGAGAUGACUACUGCUUUACAAGAGUAUAAUGCAUUGACUAGAAAGAGGUAUUCCCAAAGAAGGGGGAGGGCAGCUGGUAGCUCAGACCAUUAUGGCCAAUCAGCUGCUAGAGGUGAUCCAUGCUCACUAGGAAAGGCUAUUCAAGUUCUGAAUCAGCAUGAGGACCUUGAUGACGAUGCCUAUUUUGUCGUUUCCAAAGCUCUUCACGUCAAAGAAAAUAGGGUGGUGUUCAUGGGAAUGCCAGAGCAUAGGAGGAAGAGGUGGAUGGACCUAGUUGCGAAGCAGAAGGGCAACAAGCAAAACUGA